AUGAGCCGCCGCCGCUGCUUCUCGCAGGCGCUGGCGCCACCGGCCCCGCUAGACAACAAUGACCUCCUCGAGGAGAUCCUCCUCCGCCUCCCUCCGGAGCCAUCGUCCCUCCCUCGAGCAUCCGCGGUGUGCAAGCCAUGGCGCGGCAUCGUCUCCGACCCCCAAUUCAUAAGCCGCUUUCGCAAGCACCACCGGAAGCCUCCGCUGCUGGGCUUCUUCGCAGGGCUCGUUGGUGCAACACGAUUUUUCACGCCCGUUCUGGAAUCGCCCAACCGCAUCCCUGCCGCCCGCUUCUUCCUGCCGCAGAGCCAGCACCCCCGUGACCAGUGGCGCUUCCUGGGCUGCCGCCACGGCCUCGCCAUCCUGGCCAAUGAAUACCAGCACGAGGUCAUUGUGUGGGAUCCUCUCACUGGCCAGCAGCACAACAUACCUUUCCCGCCGGGACUCCGCAACAAUAAAAGCGGACCUGUGUGGCGCUGCAACGCUGCGGUGCUUUGUGCAGACUCCAUGGAUGGGCAUGUGCAUGGUGAUUGCUUCUCGAGCCCGUUCAAAUUGGUGUUGGCGUGUGGCGGAUACAAGCAGAUUAACAGUUGCCUCUAUGACUCGGUCUCUCGUGCAUGGGGAGAUAUUGUCUCAAUGGUCACUGCUCAUGGGAUUCUACCCAUAAGGUCCAACGUCCUAAUUGGUAAUACAGUUUACUGGUUGCUUUCUGGAAAGGGCAUCCUGGCGUUUGAUACUGAAACCCAAACUCUUUGCGAGAUCGAGAAUCCGGUCGAUGCCCAUUGUAAUUGCUGCUGGUUCUGCCAGCCCUUACAGAUAGAUGGCGGCACUGGCCUUGGCCUCGCAGUUAUGUCAAAGCUAAGCAUCCAAUUAUGGGAGAGAAAAUCAAAUUGUUGUGGUGUUCUCGGGUGGGUGAUGAUGCAGAAAACCAUUCAACUGGAGGGGAUGUUUUCAUGGAGAAUGCCCAGGGACGACAAGUGGGUAUUUUUAGUGGGGUAUGAUGAGGACACAAAUGUGAUUGUUCUCUCUACAAUGAUUGGCAAUUUCGUUCUCCAACUAGAGUCGACGCAAAUCUGGAAGAUUUCUGAAAGAGAUGCAAAUAAGAACUAUUAUAUGGAAUUUUAUCCCUACACAAAUUUCUAUACUACAGGAAGGAAGGCUGAGUGGAAACGGAUGGACCUGAAACUUUGA